AUGCACAUUGAGCAAAUCAGACUAGGCCUCUCGGCCGAUGUGCCUUUGGUCUCGCAGCAAUGGAACGCCAUUAUCGCCGUCAACUAUGCAGCCCGAAAAUCAGGCAUCACCCGUCUCCACCACAACGUCUUUGACGCCAAGUUGCUCUGUCCAGAACUCGUAUGUGCUCAUGUGGCAACGUUGGGACCAGGUGACGCGCAACCAGACUACUACCCCUCACCAUCCCGAUACACCCACAAAGUCUCCCUCGACCCCUACCGCAAAGCGUCUGCCAAGAUCUUUAACGUUUUUCGAAAGUUCACGGCCAAACAUCAAAAGGGAGGGCUCGACGAAGUCUUCAUGGACGUAACUGAUGUUGUUAACCAGAGGAUCAUGGAUGAAUAUGGCGCGGAUUUGUCGAAAUGGGAUCGGGAGGCUGCGGUGUUGAUGGAUUGGAAGCGGGAUUAUUCGCAUGCGGGGGUUGUGUUUGGAAUGACUAAGGAUGGGGAAGGGAAGGGGUCUGCUGCUGGUGCGAGUGUGUUUCUGGGUGACGAUGAUGAUGAUGAUGAUGAGGAGGAUAAGACUGGGGAUUGGGACGGUAUUCAGGAUGAGCAGGAAGAGGAGGAGUUUGAGACAGAGAAUGGCGAUCUGGAUCAUGAUGGCAACGAGGAAGUUGUGGAGGAACAUGUAGACGCUAAGGAUGUCAACCGCUAUGAUGAGGAGAAUGAUGGAUACAAGAGCGAAUAUGAGCAUGGGAUAUAUGACGACUUUGAUCUGGAUCUCAAUGACCUGGAGAACGACUUGGGGACUACAUGGAGUCAGCCUUCAAAACCAACAGAGUGUGACACUAUCCAGCACCAACCAGUCGUUCAGGAACAUACACCUCAACAUGAUGAAGGAGUUGCGGAUGAAAAGUCCGAGGAGGAACUGCAGGGCAAAAAGGAGGCCGAAGCAGAGGAGCGUCGUCAGAGGAGAGAGUACCUGCAGCCUUUCUACGGAAUCCCGGACGACACGUUCGAGGAGCAGUUCUGGGCCGAGCUGCAGAUCUUGAAGGCGGCCGAGUAUUGUAACGAGAUUCGGCAGACUGUCAAGGAUGAGCUCGGAUACACCUGUUCUGCUGGCAUUGCCAACAACCGACUUUUGGCCAAACUGGGUUCUGGCAUGAACAAGCCCUUCCAGCAGACGAUUAUUUUGCCAAAGUACAUACCGGAUCUGCUGCACGACCUCAAGAUCUCCAAGAUCCGCAAUCUAGGUGGGAAAUUCGGGAAACAAAUCAAAACCGACUACAACAUCGAAAUGGCCUCAGAACUCUGGCCCGUCCCGCUCCGCCAACUCCAAGAACGAUACGGUGACCAGGCAGGACUAGAACUCUGGCAAUGGUGUCGUGGGAUCGAUCAUAUCGGGAUCAGGAAAAUCAAAUCUAAAUCCAUGACGUCCCACAAGUCUUUCAUUCCGGCGCUGAAUGAUGUGGAAGAGAUUCAGUUUUGGAUAUCCUCGGUUUGUUUGGAGUUGGAGGCUCGGAUGCAUGCGGAGUUUGACGAAACGGAGCGGUGGCCUAAGACAAUCUCGCUGGGGUUCUUUGGUGGGCCCAAGGCGGUCAAGGAGAUGGAGGGGAAGGAUCCGAAGGCGAGUAUUCAGGUCCGGCAUAAGGGGACUAGGUCGAUGCCGCUGCCGAGUCGGUUUGAGUAUGGUGGAGUUGAGGGGAUGGCCAAAAAGAUAUGGGGCGCACUGUUGAAGUUGAUCAAGGAGAGUGAGAAUGGGAGGGGGAGAGCCGUCUUGCCGCUUAUUCUUUUGACGGUGACGGUGUCGAAUUUCGCGGGCGGGCAUGAUAGUGCGAUGGGUGACAUUACAAAGUUCUUUUCCAAGGCGUCUGCACAGCCGUCGACAAUGGCCGUAUCAACGCAACCCAGGCAGAUGGAGGAGGUGAAGAGCAAGUCGGGACUGGAUGAUCGGAUACAUCCGCCUGCCGAGUCUAAGGAAAGGGAAGUGAGGCGGCGGUUCUUUCGGCCCAUGGGCAAUGAGAGCGAGAUCCAUGAGGCUGCUAUCACGCCUUUGUCAUCUCCCUCAAGUACUGGAUCAAGACCACCGCACUCACCUCUACUACCACCGCCACCAGCGCAGGACGAGACAUCUUCCGCGCCAGCUAUGCUGCUUUGCACUCAGUGCCCCGCACCCGGCCAACAAAUCCCGAUCCACGAAUGGGAACAGCACACAGAUUAUCAUUUCGCGCUCAGUGUGUUAGAGGAUGACAGGAAGCAAGGGAAACUCGAACGGCAGCAACAGCGUCAGCAACUGCAAGGACAGAGCAAUUCGACUCAGUCUCAGAAUUCUAAUGAGGCACCUAAACGUAGUGCUUCAUCAUCUUCGGCGACGUCGGGGUCAGGGCGUGGAGGAGCAGCGGGUAGCAAGCGGAAAAAGGUGGCGACUGCUCAACCCCUGGCGAGGUUCUUUAAACCAAGCGCCAAUUGA